CUCUGGGGGGGAUGAGAGAGCUUCAGGAGGGAAAGGCAGAGAGGAGGAGAGAAGGAGAGAGCUUUUUCCUCUCCCUUUCUCUGCUUUGCACAGAUGACUCCCUCCUCUGCCUCUGACCGCUUUCACAUCCAGGUAAACCUUCUUCCACUUUCAUCUCCUUCCGGACCGGGAUCACGCCGUGCAUCCGCUGCAUAGAGUCGGAUGAUGCAGCGAUAAGGAGUCCACAGCAUCCUCUCCGCCGUGCUGCACUCAGCCCGGCAUCGUCAGCUGUUGCUCUAUGAGAGAGUGGGAGAGUGGAGGGCAGCACAGAGGCCGAACUAUGCCGCUGAUUACCAAACGGUAACCCGCUUCCUCAACCUCUGCAGGUCGGAUUGGAAGCGAGCGGAGCUGCUUGACGAACCCGCGAGUGUUUUCUGCCCUUUGUCGGUGCCGGAGGAGCUGUGCCAAUGGAGAAGGCAACUCCGCCGCUCCAGCCCCAGCCCCAGCCCCAGCUCCAGCUGUCCAUAGCGAAGAGUGAAAGUCCGGCCGAAGACAUCUCAGGUCUGACGGACGAGGAGCUGCUCAGGUGGACCAAAGAGGAGCUGGUGCGCCGGCUGAGGCGGUCUGAGGCCGAUAAGAUGAGCGUGAUUCUGGACCACGGGAAUCUCAUCCGAGAGGUCAACCGCAGCCUCCAGCUGCACCUAAACGAGAUUAGGGGGCUGAAGGACAUCAACCAGAAGCUGCAAGAGGACAAUCGUGAGCUGCGGGACUUGUGCUGUUUCUUAGAUGAUGACCGUCAGAAAGGGAAGCGCGUGUCCAGGGAGUGGCAGCGUCUCGGACGGUACAGCGCCAGCAUCAUGCGCAAGGAAGUGACCCUGUACCUGCAGAAGCUCAAGGAGCUGGAGGUCAGACAGGAGGAGGUGAUCCGGGAGAAUCUGGAGCUGAAGGAGCUCUGCCUGUUGCUGGAUGACGAGAAGGGAGUUUCGGGUGGAGGAGGGGUUGUGGUAGGGGGAGGCGGAGGCGGAGGGGGCGUGGGGAUGGGAGGAUGCCGCAACUCAAUAGACAGCCAGAACAGCCUGCUGCUGGUGCCAGGCCAGGGGCUUCUCAUGAGGGACGUGGGAGAUGGGAGCAGCACCUCGAGUGCAGGCAGCGCCGACAGCUCAGACCACCCUCACCACAAGCAGACUCACCUCUCUGCAGGUGUGGGCAGCAUUGGGAGCAGCGGGGAGAAAGGCAGCCCUGAACUUUUGCACAAACCCAGGUGUAGCAGCAUCAGCGGGAUAGGUGGAGCGGACAGGGAGGUGUCCAGCCCAGAGCUCCCGGCUGGGCGGCACCGGAGCACGAGCCUGGAGUAUCCGUACACCCUGCCCCAGCUCUGCCGGCCCCGCUGCGGCUCCAUAUCCGUGCCCGACCACAGCCGGGUCAUGCGGGGCCUGAGCCCGGAGAAGUACGGGCGCAACAUAGGCCACCGCAGCCCGGAGCAGCACCCCAAGCACCACAGCUCGGAUCUCCUACUGGGCCAAAGGCAGCACUUCCUGGGCCAGGGAGGCAGCGGGGAGCUCUAUCAGAAGUACAAGCGGAGCAGUAUUAGCACCACAGGCUGCGGGAGUCCCGAGCCCCGGCAUGCACAUUUGGGGGUCGGCGAGCACCACGAAAAGGGCUGCAUGAUCCACGGAGGCAGCCCUGAAACUCACAGGCACCAGUACAGUGUGAGCCCGGACCACGCAAAGUUUGGCAGUCCCGUGAGGGAGGGGCAGAGGAGGCCAGCUGGUGACGAGCUGUCACCGCACCACCGGAGCAUCUACAACGGCAUGAACGCUUUGAUAUCAGCAGGCUGCUGCACCAACAACUGCAGAAAUGUCAAGCUAUGGGACAGGUAAACCACUCUGCACAUUGUUAUGCUUUUUUUCCCCCCAUAUGAACCGCCUUUGUGUUAAUUAGGGACUCAGCGAGAAGAUGAAAAGCCAGUGAAGGGCAUUGUCAGUUUUUACCAGAAGGGUCCAUAAUCCUGUAAUUAGCUCCCAUUAUUCUGCUUCACCAUUCAGUGUCGCUCUCUGAUUUUAACUCCUGUGUUGACGUCUAUUCAGACAAGGCUGGAGGGGUUUACAUUAGCAGGAUUUACGUGAAGCAAUAAAAACAAUCUCUUGGUGAGAGAGGCCUAACAUAUGGCAGUAUUUACCAUAUGAUUCUCACAGGAAUCAUUGAGAAAUAAACAAACAUAUAGUCUGGUCCUGAUUAAAUGCGAUGCCAGUCUAAGUGUUUCUCGAUUGCAUCAGUUCCUACGCUUUCUCAGGUGGAAUCAGGGAGUUUACUGGGACGAUGGCGUUAGAGGUGACCCUAUUCUGCCUCUGUGUGUCGUCGUACGUCUUCAAUCAGGCCUCUGUGUGAGGCUGAUAUGCCUCUGUUAAUAUUUGAUGACUGAGAAACACGGCGUACCUGCCUGGCCGCUUCUGUCGGGAAAUGCUUAAACAUAACAAUAUGCCGCCACAGCGCAGUUCCCUUCCCUCUUGUGUCAUACAAAAAAACAUCAGAUGAUGUACUUUGUGUCUGUGGCUAGAUAGGAGACAAGUAAGAAGGAUGCGUUAACACUGCAGGCUGAAGUCUGGCCCCGGUCACCCCUCAGCUCUGUGAUGCAGCGUUGAACAGAUGCGAGCAGCCACAAAACAUUCUGUCAGGAACUCAAAAGACGACGAAGCUGAGAAUGUUAGUUUUUAUUCUGUAUACCGCAUUUUCCAGACU